CGCCGCUGCCGCCCGAUGAAUGGAGUCGCCUUCUGCCUGGUCGGGAUCCCGCCCCGCCCGGAGCCCCGGCCCCCUCAGUUGAGGACACGGAAGCAUAGACAGCUAAUCGCUUGGCCAAGAUCACAUCGUAAACAAGUGUUAGAGCCAGGCAACCUGGCUGCAGAGACCACACUCUCACCCUGCCAUCCUGCUUCUCGGGACCUCCCUUGCCCUGCUGUCACUCCCACCCCGAAUCUGGGUCCAUCGUGGACACAGCCCAAGAACAAGCUGCCGCUGGGCCCGAGAGAUGGGUGCUCCCCUGGGCGCCCCCUCCCCUGGCAGGGGCCGCGGACACUGCUGCUGUGCAAAAGUCUCCAGGACGGCUUUGGCUUCACCCUGCGCCACUUCAUUGUGUACCCCCCCGAGUCCGCCGUGCACUGCAGCCUGAAGGAGGAAGAGAAUGGAGGCCGAGGAGGAGGACCCUCCCCCCGGCACCACCGCCUGGAGCCCAUGGAUACCAUCUUUGUCAAGAAUGUGAAGGAUGAUGGCCCCGCCCACAGAGCGGGCCUUCGCACCGGAGACCGGCUGGUGAAGGUGAACGGGGAGAGCGUCAUUGGGAAGACCUACUCCCAGGUCAUAGCUCUGAUCCAGAAUAGCGAUGAUACCCUGGAGCUCUCCAUCAUGCCCAAGGACGAGGACAUCCUCCAGCUGGCCUACUCCCAGGACGCCUACCUGAAGGGGAACGAGCCGUAUUCUGGAGAGGCCCGGAGUAUCCCAGAGCCGCCUCCGAUCUGCUACCCUCGCAAGACUUACGCCCCGCCAGCCCGGGUCUCCACCUGGGCCACUAUGGUGCCUGAGCCCCUCUCAGCACUGCCCAGUGACCCCCGGAGUCCUGCCGCCUGGAGUGACCCGGGGCCCCGCGUCCCUUCUGCCACCCGUACCCAUCCGGACAACUCUUCCUUGGGGAUGAGCCAGCCCCGCCCCAGCCCUGGUGCCUUCCCCCGCCUCCCCUCGGAGCCCCGGACGCCCCGUGCCUUUCCUGAGCCUGGCAGCCGGGUGCCCCCCAGCAGACUGGAGUGCCAGCAGGCUUUGUCACACUGGCUGUCAAACCAGGUACCCCGCAGGGCGGGGGAGAGACGGUGUCCUGCCAUGCCCCCCCGGGCCCGCAGUGCCUCCCAGGACCGGUUGGAGGAUGUGACUGCCCACCGCCCAUGGCCCUGCUCCACCUCCCAGGGUGCCUUGAGCCAGUUGGGUCAGGAGGGCUGGCACCGAGCUCGCUCAGACGACUACUUGAGCCGGGCCACCCGCUCAGCCGAGGCGCUGGGUCCAGGAGCACUGGUGUCACCCCGUUUCGAGCGCUGUGGCUGGGCUUCCCAGCGUCCGUCUGCCCGCACCCCUGCCUGCCCACCCAGGGACCUUCCUGCGCCCCAGGCCCCACCCCCGCCUGGUCUGCAAGGCCUGGAUGACAUCGGCUACAUCGGGUACCGGAGCUACAGCCCGUCAUUCCAGCGCCGGACUGGCCUCUUGCACGCACUCUCCUUCCGGGACUCACCCUUCGGGGGGCUACCCACCUUCAACUUGGCUCAGUCCCCUGCAUCGUUCCCGCUGGAGGCCUCCGAACCACCCAGGGUUGUGCGCCCAGAACCCAGCACCCGGGCUCUGGAGCCCGCCACCGAGGAUCGCCGCGACGAGGUGGUCCUGAGGCAAAAGCCUCCCACGGGCCGGAAGGUCCAGCUGCCCUCCGCAAGACAGAUGAACCUUGGGUUUGGUGAAGAGUCCCCAGAGCCAGAGUCCAGUGGGCGAGUGGAACGCCUGGGCAGGAAGGUGGCCCCUUUGGCCACUACUGAAGACUCUCUGGCUUCUAUCCCCUUCAUUGAUGAACCCACCAGCCCCAGCAUUGACCUCCAAGCCAAGCAUGUCCCUGCCUCCGCUGUGGUCUCCAGCGCCAUGAACUCAGCCCCCGUCCUGGGCACCAGCCCAUCCUCCCCAACCUUCACCUUUGCCCUUGGCCGCCAUUACUCCCAGGACUGCAGUAGCCUCAAGGCCGGCCGCCGCUCCUCCUACCUGCUGGCCAUCACCACAGAGCGCUCCAAGUCCUGUGACGAUGGGCUCAACACCUUCCGGGAAGAGGGCAGGGCUCUGAGGCGCCUGCCAAACCGAGUACCCAGCCUGCGGAUGCUGCGAAGCUUCUUCACUGAUGGGUCCUUGGAUAGCUGGGGUACUUCCGAAGAUGCUGAUGUUCCUUCUAAGCGACACUCAACCUCUGACCUCUCGGACGCAACCUUCAGCGAUAUCAGGAGAGAAGGCUGGUUGUAUUAUAAGCAGGUCCUCACCAAGAAGGGGAAGAAAGCGGGCGGCGGCCUGCGCCAGUGGAAGCGGGUCUACGCCGCGCUGCGGGCGCGCUCCCUCUUGCUGAGCAAGGAGCGGCGGGAGCCCGGGCCGGCGGCGGCGGCGGGGGCGGCGGCGGCCGUCGCAGGUGAGGACGAGGCGGCGCCCGUCUGCAUCGGCUCCUGCCUGGUGGACAUCUCCUACAGCGAGACCAAGAGGAGGCACGUGUUCCGGCUGACCACCGCUGACUUCUGUGAAUAUCUCUUUCAGGCUGAGGACCGGGAUGACAUGCUGGGCUGGAUCAGAGCGAUCCGAGAGAACAGCAGGGCCGAGGGCGAGGACCCCGGCUGUGCCAACCAAGCUCUGAUCAGCAAGAAGCUUAAUGAUUAUCGCAAAGUAAGCCAUAGCUCUGGGCCCAAAGCUGACUCCUCCCCCAAAGUCUCUCGUGGCCUGGGGGGCCUCAAGUCUGAGUUCCUCAAACAGAGUACCGCACGUGGCUUCAGGACUCAGGACCAGUCCGCAGGGAGCAAGGAUGACAGUGCUACCACUCCCAAAACCCCAUGGGGCAUCAACAUCAUCAAGAAGAACAAGAAGGCAGCUCCUAGGGCGUUUGGGGUCCGUCUGGAGGAGUGCCAACCAGCCAUAGAGAACCAGCGGGUCCCCUUGAUCGUGGCUGCAUGCUGUCGUAUCGUGGAGGCACGGGGUCUGGAGUCCACGGGCAUUUACCGAGUGCCUGGUAACAAUGCAGUGGUGUCCAGCCUGCAGGAGCAGCUCAACCGUGGGCCCGGGGACAUCAACCUACAGGAUGAGCGCUGGCAGGACCUCAAUGUGAUCAGCAGCCUGCUCAAGUCCUUCUUCCGAAAACUGCCUGAGCCUCUUUUCACCGACGACAAAUACAAUGACUUCAUUGAGGCCAAUCGCAUCGAAGACUCGAGGGAGCGGAUGAAGACGCUCCGGAAGCUGAUCCGGGAUCUCCCAGGACACUACUAUGAGACUCUCAAAUUCCUCGUGGGCCAUCUGAAGACCAUUGCUGACCACUCGGAGAAAAACAAGAUGGAGCCCAGGAACCUGGCCCUGGUCUUCGGGCCGACGCUGGUGAGGACAUCUGAGGACAACAUGGCAGACAUGGUGACCCACAUGCCUGAUCGCUAUAAGAUCGUGGAGACGCUGAUCCAGCACUCAGACUGGUUCUUCAGCGAUGACGAGGACAAGGGAGAGAGAACUCCUGUGGAUGACAAGGAGCCUCAGUCAGUGCCCAACAUUGAGUACCUCCUGCCUAACAUUGGCAGGACAGUGCCCCCUGGUGACCCAGGUUCAGAUUCUACCACCUGCAGUCCAGCCAAGUCCAAGGGCUCGUGGGCCCCCAAGAAGGAGCCUUACGCCCGGGAGAUGCUGGCGAUCUCCUUCAUCUCGGCGGUCAACCGCAAGCGGAAGAAGCGGCGGGAGGCGCGGGGACUGGGCAGCAGCACCGACGACGACUCGGAGCAGGAGGCGCACAAGCCCGAGGCGGGGGCGCCGGCGCCGGGGGCGCGGGACCAGCCGGAGGGGCCGCUGCCGGGCGCAGCCGCCUCCGAGGCCCCGGGGCGCCUCAGCCCCCCGGCGGCGCCGGACGAGCGACCGGCCGCGGACACGCGCUCCAUCGUCUCGGGCUACUCCACCCUGUCCACCAUGGACCGCAGCGUGUGCUCGGGCGCCGGGGGCCGGCGGCCGGGCGCGGGGGACGAGGCGGACGACGAGCGCAGCGAGCUGAGCCACGUGGAGACGGACACGGAGGCCGGCGCGGGGCCCGGGGGGCGCCCGGCGCGCCGGCCGUCCUUCAGCUCGCACCGCCUCAUGCCCUGCGACACCCUGGCGCGCCGCCGCCUGUCCCGCAGCCGCCCGGACGGCGAGGGCGCGGGCGCGGGGCGGGGCGGCCCCCGGGCCGCCGAGCCGCCGGGCUCGGCCUCGUCCAGCAGCCAGGAGUCGCUGCGCCCCCCGGCGGCCGCGGCGGCGGCGGCGCUGGGCUCGCGGCCGUCGCGCAUCGAGGCUCUGCGGCUGCGCCUCCGCGGCACCGCCGACGAUAUGCUCGCCGUGCGGCUGCGGCGGCCGCUGUCGCCGGAGACGCGGCGGCGCCGGAGCAGCUGGCGGCGCCACACGGUGGUGGUGCAGAGCCCGCUGACCGACCUCAACUUCAACGAGUGGAAGGAGCUGGGAGGGGGCGGCGCCCCGGAGCCCGCGGGCCCUCGGGCGCACAGCGACAACAAGGACUCGGGCCUCAGCAGCCUGGAGUCCACCAAGGCCCGGGCGCCGUCGUCCGCGGCCUCGCUGCCGCCCGGGGACCCGGGGGCCCUGCAGAGCCAGCCUCCGCGCCGCUCGGCCGCCUCCCGCCUCCAUCAGUGUCUGUGACCAGCCCCCCGCCCCGCGCCGGUCCCUCUACCCCAGUCUUCUCUGGCUUGCGCCCCCUCUCUUGUCCCCGGUGCAUCUGGCGCUGCAGGCCGCGUCUCUAGUUUGUGUGCGGGAUCGGUAGGGGGCGGGCAGACGAGAAGGCCCCGGCUGGGACAGGGAGUGGGAGCGGGAGCGGGAGGGAGGGGGACACCCCGGAGGUUAAGAGGAGUGGGGAGAGGGGAGGGGACAGGCUGCUGGAGCUCUGUGACAGAGUGGGCCCUCUGGGCCCUUCUGUGUCUGCACUUAGAGACCCUUGUUGGCCAUGGGGUGUGGAUAGGGAACCACCCCCCUCCCGGGUCUCAGUCCCGGACUAAAGGAAAGACCCGGGGUGAUGCUGGCUCUUCGCUUCUUUCCUCCGUGCCUCUCCAUUACUUCUUGGCUCCUAGCUAAGGUGGGGGAGGUGAUAUAGGGUCAUCGUGUCCAUGGGCGGAGGGGGUGUGUGUGCGAGUGUGCUAGUCACUGUCAGAAGGUGUUUCCAGUAGCAACUUCUGCCUCUCCUGCCCCUUGUUGCCCAACCCCACCACAUACAGCAGCCCCCCACCCCCACCCCUCCCGCCUUCGGUGCAUCCAGGGAUCCUGCCCCUGCCGCUUGUCAGAGCCAGAGAAGGAAGUUAGGGCCACUCCACAGAGGCGGAACUGAGACUCCUCCCAGGGUUGUUCCCCUCACCAACUUUUUGCCAACCUCUAAACCACCCUCACUAAGCGUGUUGACCGUGGGAGCUGGCUGCCGAUUCCCCAGUUUUGGGAGGGUCCAGGGUACCCCCUGCUAGAUCUCCCUUGUCCCUCUCUUUGUUCUUCCAGCUGUGCCUGCUGCUUCCACAAUUCAGGCACACAGACCCCCCACCUUCUUCUCUUUAGGAGGGGGUAUAGUGAACAUCCCUGGUGUCUCUCUCUCUCUCUCACUCAUACACAAACACACACACACAUACACACACACACACACACACUGAUUUAUGGGGUCUGAGCUGGGCUGUUCCUUCAGGAUGGGCAGGACCCAGCCCCCUCUUCUCCCCACACGUUGUAAAUAGACCUCAGACCACCAGGCCUCCCCACACACGCCCUCACUUACCCCAGGGAAGCCCAGGUGGGGUUGUGAACCCCACCGCCACGUCUGUCAGUCUUGUUUUAUGCAAAGAUUUGCUGUAAAGUAGAUUUCUCUUUCCCCCCUCCCCCACCCUUUUACUGUAAAUAUUGUCUCUAAAUGUGUAACAUAUUAUAAAGAAUUUAUAAGGAUUUUUAAAGAUGUUUUGCUCAUUUAAAAAAGUGUUGUAACAGUGUUGGAAAAGCCUCUGGCCCCACGUGCGCAUGUCUCCUUUCACUGUGUCCUUGACACACCUCUCUAGGCGACAACUAAGAUUUCCUGCUUCUGAAAAGUCCUGUCUUAAAAGUAUAGUCUAUAUCUUGGAAAUAAAUGGCCUUCCUCGA